AUGUAUAAUGCUUUACCUCCUAGAUUAUAUGGGUUAAGGAAAACGCACAAAGUUGACUGUAAGUUGAGGCCAGUUGUUAGCAAUAUUGGUUCACCGGGUUAUGAAAUAUCGAAGUUUGUGCAUAAAAUCUUGUCUCCAUAUGUUCUGAGUUUUGAAUUUAAUAUGAAAGACUCCUUUCAAUUCGUUGAGAGAAUUAAGUCUGUGUUGGUGGAUGAUGAUUACUUACUCAUUUCUUUAGAUGUAGUUUCAUUAUUCACUAAUGUGAAACAAGACCUAAUAACUAACAUCAUUAAAGAACGGUGGAAUGUCAUAAAAGAUUUCAUCAACCUGGACCAAGAACUCCUAUUAGAUCUCGUGAAGUUUUGUUUUCAUUCUGGGUAUUUCCUGUUUCAAAGGAAUUAUUAUAUACAGAAAGAAGGCUGUGGGAUAGGUAGUCCAGCAAGCCCCGUGAUUGCCAUUACUGCAGUGGAUUAUGUGAUAUCAAAAGCCCUGGAGAGGUUAGAUUUUGAGAUUCCGGUUGUAGCAGCAUAUGUGGAUGAUCUUUUUCUCAUUAUACCAAGGGAUAAAGUUGAUACGGUUGUAAAUGUGUUCAAUUCAAUUAAUAAAGAUAUCCAAUUCACAAUUGAAGUUGAACAAGAUGGUAAAAUUCCGUAUUUGGAUGUGUUGGUGGAAAGAACACGAUCUGGGGAACUUAGAACUUCAUGGUAUCAGAAACCAUAUAGUUCGGGGAGAGUUCUGAACUUCAAAUCAAAUCAUCCUCUGAGCCAGAAGUUAGGUGUAGCACAAGGUCUAAGUCAUGCGACUAUGGUGGCUGUAAGUACUGAUAAAGUGAGACACUUGCUCAUGAAUAAUAACUAUCCGUCAUCGCUUCUCAGUAAGUGUGAGAAAAUUACAAGUAAUAGAAUUAGUAGUAAUUUGAGGAUUGAUGCUGGUUUGAGAGGGUGGUCGUUCUGUAAGUUUCCCUAUAUCAAAGGUUUGUCACCCAGGAUUGGAUGUUUGUUCAGGCAGACGAAUUGUAAAUUAUUUUUGUACAAUUUGUGUAAAAUCAAGGAUUUCUAUAGCCACCUAAAGGAUCCAGUUGAUAAGUGGGAUAGAUCUUGCUUGGUAUAUCGGAUCCCUUGCACUUGUGGCAAAUCAUAUAAAGGACAAACGAAACAGAAACUUAGGAAGCGGAUUAAUCAACACAUCAACGAUUGCAGGCCUGUCAACAUUAACAAGAGUAAUAUGACGGCAUUGGCGGAUCAUCAUUUUGAGAGUGGGCAUGACUUUCAGUUUGACGCUGCUCAGACUUUAGACUAUGAAUUUCAUUUUCUAAAACGUAACAUCAGUGAGAUGUUUUUCAUCAAAGUGUUUGAUUGUGUCAAUUUUAGGUCUGAUACCCAGGGAUUAAGUUCAUCAUAUAGUGAUAUCAUAUCAGUGGCUAAAAGAUUGAUGCAAUAA